AUGUUUGAAGAGCAGGCCACAAAGGUCAAGAUUACGUCUCUGGUGAUUUUGGUGGGCAUGUCGUCCAUGCUGGCGGCGGUGGUGACUGACCACUGGGCCGUGCUGAGCCCCCGGGUGGAGAAGCUCAACACGACUUGCCAGGCUGCCCACUUUGGCCUCUGGAGGCUCUGCAAGAAGAGCAUCUUCAUCGUGGAGGAGGACCCGCAGGGCAAAGGCUGCGGCCCCAUCAGCUUACCUGGAGCAAAAAACUGUUCCUACUUCAAACACUUCACGUCAGGGGAAGAAGCUGAACUUUUUGAAGUCAAGACCCAAAAAGAGUACAACAUCUCAGCAGCAGCCAUCGCAAUCUUCAGCCUCUUCUUCAUGAUCCUGGGAACCCUCUGUGUCAUCUUCUCCUUUGGAAAGGGGCGGGACUACCUGCUCCGGCCUGCUGGAAUGUUCUUUGCAUUUGCAGGCCUGUGCAUCAUCAUUUCUGUUGAGGUAAUGCGCCAGUCUGUCAAGCGUAUGAUUGACAGUGAUGAAACCAUCUGGAUCGAAUACUACUACUCCUGGUCCUUCACCUGUGCGUGUGCCUCCUUCACCCUGCUCCUCCUCAGUGGAGUCGCCCUGCUCCUGAUCUCCAUGCCUCACAUGCCACGCAAUCCCUGGGAGACCUGCAUGGAUGCUGAGCCAGACACCAUAGACUAG